AUGGCGGCGCGCGGCCAGUGGCCGUUGCAGCUCGCGGCGCGUUUGAAACGCCGACCGUUCGUCGGAGGCCGGGAGGCGGCGCGGCUCGUGAGCGACAGCGCGGCCCAGGCCCCUCGGCAGCCGCCUGUCGCUGACGGCGCCGCCGCCGUCGCCAAAUACCCGCCGCUCGUGCCUUCCAGAACAGCCAAAAGCAAGUCGGCCAAGAGGCGGAGGCAGGAGGAGUACUAUGACAAGGUUCACGCCGCCCCUUCGGCCGUUGAGAAGAUCCGACUCCUGACCGCAUUCCAGAGGCUCAAGUAUGUCGUGUAUCCCCAGACGUUUGCGAUCAACGGUGACCGGUGGUACCAGCACUUCACCAAGACCGCCUUCGUCCCGGGCCUGCCCCCGGCUCUCGCCCCCAGCCCGGCCGAGGGCGACAGCGGCAGCGCUGGCCCGGACCUGAGUCGCCUCAAGUCGCUGGUCUGUCACGCCAUCCUGCAGGAGCGCUUCUACCUGAAGAAGAGGCAGCCGUUUGUGUUCAAGCAGAGGGCGCAGUCGGCGCUGCCUUUCCUCAGGAACCUGGUGUCCACCCUCAGCAGCACUCUGACCCCCCACAACCCGCUGCUCGGGGUCGGCACUCUGGAUUUUGAACCAGAAGUGGGCUUUUACUGGCUGCGUGGGGAACGAACUGUCCCUCGAGGGCAUAGAGGUGGGAGAGUAGACCCGAUUCGCUUCCAGAUUGAUGACAAACCUCACUGUCAAAUUCGAAUUCCCAAACCGCUCCCAGAGUUUAUGCCCCUAGAAGAUUCUGUCUCUCAAGAGGUUCCUGUCAUUCACCUUGAACCAGACCGGCUUCCAUUGUUUCAACGGCAGUAUAACAAUAACAUUUUCAUAGGUUCAAAAGUUGCUGAUCCUUGCUGCUAUGGACACACCCAGUUUCACUUUGCUUCUGAAAUAUUGAGACGAGAAAGACUGAUAAAAGCCAACCUGGCUGACCAGAUUGAAGUCCGUUUGCGAGCCAAUGGCAUUGCUAGCCUGUUUGCUUGGACUGGAGCACAGGCUGCAUAUCAAGGAUUCUGGAGUGAAGCGGAUGUGACUCGACCGUUUGUUUCGCAAGCUGUAGUCACAGACGGAAUCUAUUUCUCAUUCUUUUGUUAUCAAUUGAACACUUUGGGUUUGACUGUUAAGGCUGACCAGAAUAAUCAUCGCAAAAAUAUUUGUUGGGGAACAGAGAGUAUGCGGCUGUAUGAGGCUGUUGAAGAAGAUGAUAUCAAGGGAUUCAAUGAUGAGGUUCUAAGCUUGCUUGUUCGUUUUUUACUUAAUAGACCAGGAUUAGUGAAAGUGAAGCAAAUUGUAAAUGAAACCUGAGCACUGGCAACAUUAUUGUAACUGAAAGACAUUUUACAUCUAACAUGUCCUUAAAUCUUUGUGAACAGCAAUAUAUCUGUAUAACCUAUAUCAAAGUACCUGAUAUUUUAUAAAAAAUGUUCAUUAUAAGAUGCUUAAAAUAAAUUCUAAAAUGAGAAUUGUAACUGCACAUUUUUGGCCAUUACCCUCAGCUCGGGUGCCAAACCAGGAGUGUUGGGUGCCUUGAGAUAUCCUUC